GGAUCCAAACUUCCAAAUGCAUCUUCUUCCAAAACCCAACUCUACGGAGCGCCGCAUCCCGCAGCCAGAACCCUAGCCUCGCUGCCAUGGCCGCCUCCAUGCUCCGCUCCGGCCACCGACUCUUCCUCCGCCGCCAGCGCCUCUCUGCAGCAUUCUCCACCGCCUCGGCCGAGGAGCUCAUCGACGUCCGCAAGCUUCCCACCGACUACGACCCCUCCACCUUUGACCCAUCCUCCCCGUCCCGGCCGCCUCCGUCCGACCGCGUGUGGCGCCUCGUCGAGGACGUCUCCUCCCUCACCCUUGCGGAGUCCGCCGCUCUCUCCUCUCUCCUUCUCCGCCGCCUUGACAUACCCUCGGCACCCCCCAUCGCCAUCCUCAACUCCGCUGCGGGGCUUGGCGGCGGCGGCACGGCCGGCGCGGCUGGAGAGAAGGCUGCGGCGGCAGCCGAGAAGACGGUCUUCGAGCUGCGGCUGGAGGCGUUCGACGCGGCGAGCAAGAUCAAGGUGAUCAAGGAAAUCCGGACGUUCACUGACCUGGGGCUGAAGGAGGCCAAGGAGCUGGUGGAGAAGGCGCCUGCGGUGAUCAAGGACGGCGUAUCCAAGGAGGAUGCUGAGGCGAUCGUCGAGCGGAUGAAGGCUGUUGGAGCCAAGGUCGUCAUGGACUGAUCGGAGCAUGCCAUUCACGGGUGAUGUUGAUAAUCUUUAACCGUAUGCUUUUCAUGUUGGCCCGGCUGCAUAUGCUGCUCAUUUCACAUGGUUGAAGACUGCAUCCAGAUUGGCUCGGCACUGCAACUGGAACUUUGAGCCUCAACGGCCAUCAACUAUUCAUUAAAUCACGUGUUUCCUCUUAUUCUGUUGAGGAAUAGCUUCUCACUAGCAAGAGAUGCGGAAUAAAUUACUUUGGAAAUUGAGAUAAAUAAAAAUAACACACACAUCUGGAGUAUUACAGUAUGUGUAAUGUUACUUUUGGUUGGCAAAUAUCCCUGCAUGCAUAUAUUCUGGUGGCAUGCCCAUAGCAGAGCAGCCUGAGCUAUGUAGUCUUUGUCUUCUGUAUUUGUUCGAUGAUUGAUCAUAUGAAAUGGUAUGUAGCUGAUGGUGGUUAUGUUUCGUGGUUCGCAUUCAGUACUUA